GUCCAGCCACGCGCUCUUUAUCUCAUCAAUUGUCUAGACAUGUGAGUGAAAAAGUCAUCAUGGACAUUGCCUUCGUAUCUGUUUCAUGUUGAAGACUUUGCCCAAAUGUCUGGUGAUCCUUGGCUCCAGCUGCAUCAGAGACGGUCGUGAAUGCGUUUUUGGGUGAGUCGGUGACCCUGCCCUGCACAUACGCAUCUUGGUCUCAGAGCAGCAACAGCAUGUGCUGGGGCAAAGGCAUGUGUCCCAACUCCAGAUGUAACGAGGAGAUUCUCUACACUGACGGGACGAAGGUGCUCUCAAGGAAGUUGACAAAAUAUGAACUUAAGGGGCCGAUCUGGAGAGGUGAUGUCUCCUUGACCAUCUUCAACACCAACGAAGAUGACGAAACUCUGUACUGCUGCCGCAUAGAGGUGCCCGGCUGGUUCAAUGACGUGAAGAAGAACAUUCGUUUGAAGUUAACACAAGCCCCAACAACCACUCGUCGCCCAAUCACCACUACUGAGAUGACAACAACCACAGCUGUGCUUCCAACAACAGCCAUGACUACGCCCGACCUCACAACCAGAACAACGCUUCAGACAAGAACCACUGCCGCCCUCACAACAGCUACCACAUGCCCUCUGACCACACCGAGAUCCCUCCCUGAGACAACCACAAGUCUUUUGACUGCUGAGCCUUCCACAGAAGGGUCCGCCGAUGCAGAAUCAGAAACUUUCUUUCUCACUAGUAACUCUCUGAGAAGCACUGAGGAGACUUUUGGAGGCACUGCCUUGCCCACAUCCAAAGAGUCCAAAGCUUGGGCUCUCCAGUCAACAACCCAGGCAUCGACAUGGGAAAUGAAUGACUCAGUGACUUUUCCUCAGCCAAGAGCAUCUGAGACGGCAACUGUUGAGCAAAAUAAAGUCGAAAUAGGACAGAGCAUAAUGGCUGACAACUCUGACCUGCUGAUGAUCAUUGUUCCCUCCCUGGGGUUCGUGCUGUGUGUACUGACUGUGGCGUUCUUCCUUCGAGGGAAAGUCAUGAAAACCAAUUGCUUCCAGAAACACACAAGGCUAGACAACGUUGAAGAAAAUAAAGAUGUCCUAGAUGACAUACAGCAUGGAAGAGAAGAUGAAGAUGGUCUUUUCGCACUCUAAUGUGCCAUUUUUUCUUAGGAUUGAAGACAGAGGCAUGAUGUGUGAAUUGUUAAAAUAAGUCUUAGAACGUUUGUUUGUUUGUCUGUUUUAAAAAAGUCAAUCUAUUCCAUUGGUGUUACUGA